GUGAGAGUAGUAGCACUCAUUUUGCUCUAAUAAAUUAAAAGCUUCUCUCUUUUUGAAGAAAAAAAAACGAUAACGAAGGUUGCAACUUCCCCUUCACCUUCACCUUCUUCUUCUUCUCUCUCUCUCUCUCUCUCUCUCUCUCUCUCUCUCUCUCUCUCUCUCAGGCGGAAAUAGACGAAGUGAAGUGAAUGCCCACCAACUUACUGUAAAGUCUGAACCUUUCUUCCGUCUUCUUCGCUUCUUUCAAGCAUUUCGCUUCUCUGAAUUUGCCCUUCUCUCCGCGUAUGUGUUGUAUGAGCGUAUUGAAGCUUCGGGAGUGAGCAGAGGCUUUGUCCCAGAUCUGGUGGCAGAGACGAUUUGAUUUCGUUUGUGUGUGUUCCUUGGUUGAGAAAAUAUGAGCAAAGAAGAGUUCAUGAAGAUCCAGACUUGUGUUCUUAAAGUGAACAUACACUGCGAUGGUUGUAAACAUAAAGUCAAGAAGAUAUUGCAGAAGAUUGAAGGAGUGUUCACGACCAAGAUAGAUGCAGAACAAGGGAAAGUGACCGUCUCUGGUAAUGUAGACUCGUCGGUUCUCAUCAAGAAGCUCGCGAAAUCUGGCAAGCAUGCCGAACUCUGGGGAGCUCCAAAGUCUAACAACAACAAUCAGAACCACAACCACUUGGCCAAUCAGUUCAAGAACAUGCAGAUUGACCACGGCAAAGGCGGCGGCGGCGGCGGUAACAAAGGACAGAAGAACGGCGGUGGAGGUAACCAGCCUAAGAUGGGUCAGCCGCCAAACCCGCAACAGAUUCAUCAGCUGAAAGGGUUUCAAGAUCUGAAGCUACCACAGCUGAAGGACUUCAAAGGGCCUGCUCCUGUGAGCAAGAACCCGCCCCCGAGUCAGAAAUCUGUCAAGUUCGGUGUUCCUGAGGAUGAUUUCAGUGACGAUGAAUUCGAUGAUGACGACGAUGAAUUUGAUGAUGAUUUGGAUGGUGAUGGCUUCGACGAUCACCCUCCUCUGCCGAACAAGAUGAAACCCAUGAUGCCGAACUUAAUGCCUAACGCUCAACAGCUCAUGAACGCUCAGAAGAACGCCAGUAAUGGCGGUGGGAGUAACGGUAAAAACGGCGGUAAGAACGGUGGCAACGCUGUCCCUGUUCCAGUUCACAUCGGCGGCGGAGGCGGUGACAGGAACGGGAACGCCGGCAAAAAGGGAGGUAACGGAGGGAAUCCUACCCAAGGCGGUGGCAAGAACGGCGGAAAAAACGGCAACGGCGGCGGAGGCGGCCAACUGCACGGCAGCGGUGGCGGCGGAGGUGGCCAGAAUAACAAUAAGGGCGGUGGCGGCGGUAACAAUGGAGGUCCCAAUGGAGGUAAGAAGGGUAACGGCGGUGGCGGUGGAGGUAUGCCACCGGGGUUUCACCCAAUGGCCGGAAACGGCGGCGGCGGAGGGCUGCCGAACAUAAGCCUGCCCAUGGCCAUGGGAGGUGGUCCAAUGGGUAGUAUACCCUCAAUUGGAGGUGGUCCAAUGGGCACUAUCCCAACGGUUCAAGGCCUCCCGACCUCGAGUCCGGCCGGCGGCGGACCCGGUUAUUUCCAGGGCAGCGGCCCGAAUCCAAUCUACCAACAGCAGCAGCAGCAGCAACAAGUACAGCAACAGCAAUAUUUAGCGGCCAUAAUGAACCAACAGCGGGCGAUGGGGAACGAGCGGUUCCAGCCAAUGAUGUACGCUCGGCCACCACCCGCUGUCAACUACAUGCCGCCGCACCCGCACAAGUAUCAACAGCAACCGUAUCCGUAUUCGUAUCCAUACCCGUAUCCGCCCCAUGGCGGAGACCAGUACUCGCAUAUGUUCAGUGAUGAGAACACUUCAAGCUGCAGUAUAAUGUGAUAUUGUGAACCAAUAAACAAUUAUAUAUUAUGGUCAGAAGAUAUUUAUUUAAAAAGUGGAUGUCUUAUAGUUUGUAUCCUUCCGGUCUCUCUGGUUAAUACAUGGAAAUGAGGGGGGGUUUUUUAUAAACUUUUUUUUAAAAUCAAAUCCUAUGUUAUAUAAGGGUUUUGUUUUGUGAUAGUUUCAGUAAUUUUAUAGAGAAUAAAAAAAGUAUUUUUAGUGA